CGCUGCGAGCUCAGUCUAGCAGCAAAAGUCCAAGCGACUAGCAGUCCGGUUCCAAGCGAUCGCAGUUGUGAAUCUGGAAUUCGAAUUUCGAUUGGGAUUUGAAGUUUUUUUUUAGUCGGCACCACAGAGCAACUAAGACUAGUCACUCGUCCAGCAUAUACAGCACAGCACAGCACAGCACAUCACAGCCUUCAAGAUGUCGCAGCCACUCAAGUUCUACUUCGACUUCCUCAACCAAUCGAGCCGGGCACUCUACAUCCUCCUGGAGGCGUCCAAAAUCCCCUUCGAGGCCAUACCCAUUUCGAUGCUGAAGGGCGAGCACUUGACUGGCGAGUUUCGGGACAAUGUGAACCGGUUCCGCAAGCUGCCAGCGAUCACCGAUCAUGGCUACCAGCUGUCCGAGAAUGUAGCCAUCUUCCGGCACUUGGCCCGCGAAAAGCUGGUGCCGGAGCACUGGUAUCCACGACGCCACCUCGGUCGCAGCCGGAUCGAUGAGUACCUGGCCUGGCAGCAGACCAACAUGGGUGUGGCCACAACGGAGUAUUUCCAGCAGAAGUGGCUGGUACCCUAUCUACAGAAGACCCGGCCCGCCGAUAAUGCGGUGAAUCUCGCCAGCAAGCAACUGGAGCACACGCUCAACGAGUUCGAGCAGCUCUUCCUCAACUCCCGCAAAUUCAUGAUGGGCGACAACAUUUCCUAUGCGGACCUCAGCGCCAUUUGCGAGAUCGAUCAGCCCAAGUCCAUUGGCUUCAAUACGUUCCAGAACCGCAACAAGAUGGCCCGCUGGUACGAAACGGUUCGGGAGGAACUGGGGCCCCACUACAAGGAGGUGCUCGGGGAGUUCGAGACCAAGCUGAAGGGCAGUGGCAGUGGGCAGCAGCAGGGCGUGGCCCAGGCGGUGAAGCAAUAGCCGAGGGACCCGUCCGCCCUCGGACCGUCCACCAAUCUUGUUUAGUUCCCUAAGGCAAUUGACUAUUUAACCCGUUUUUUUUUUAAUUAUACUUGCUCUUCCUAUCCAAUAAGUUUUAACUUUUCUAUCACUCUACUCUAUUCCUUUUUGUCUUAACCCACCAUUUGUAUUUAGAAGUGCUCAUUUGUGUAUCCCUGUUUUCUAUCAUACCUACGAAAAACCUUAUAUAUACUAUUAGAGCUUAGUUGUUAAUUAUGUAUCUUAAUUACACGUUUAUAAAGUACGCUUACGAUUGUUAAA